AGAGAGAGAGAGAGAGAGAGAGAGAGAGAGAGAGAGAGAGAGAGAGAGAGAGAGAGAGAGAGAGAGAGAGGGGAAAGGGGCUUGCAUCGAUACACAUACUUCGUCCCUACCACAAGAAGUGAUCACAAGGGAAAGACACACACCCACGCAUUCUCACUCGUCACACACACAUACACACAAGCAUACACACACACACGCACACGCACACACACACACGCACACACACACACACACACACACACACACACACAUACACACACACACCCACACAUAGGCGUGCAGCGUUAGCCUGUGUUGGGACUGGAACGCUGGCUUGGAUUGCUACAAGCAGAGGAGCUACACAGGGACAAGAAUCCUCACAACUGACCUCGCCAAUAACAGACACGCUGGAGAGUGAGUGAACCAACAUACAGUAAGAGAGCAUUCUCUGUGAACGGGGUCUAAUAUCAUCACCGUCUCCAUGGCGACGAACAACACAGCCAGCAUUGCCCAGGCCCGCAAGCUGGUGGAGCAGCUCAAGAUGGAGGCCAACAUCGACAGAAUAAAGGUGUCCAAAGCGGCAGCAGACCUGAUGUCAUACUGCGAGGCCCAUGCCAAGGAGGACCCGCUCCUCUCCCCCGUGCCUGCCUCCGAGAACCCCUUCAGGGAGAAGAAGUUCUUCUGUGCCAUCUUGUGAGCGCGGGCUGGCCGGCCGGCCACCCACACCGGGCGGCACGGAGAGCGGGCACCAGGCAUCCCGCGCCUGUGGCGACUGCAAUGACUCGCAACACCUCUAGCGAACUCGUGUAGCCAAUGUGUGUGUUUGAGUUGUGUGUAGGGUGUGUGUGAUGAUGAUGAUGAUGGUGGUGGUGGUGAUGAGGAUGGUUGUGGUGGAUGGGCGAUGAUUGUCGUCUUGAGCCACCUACAAUGGCUCAUGCUGAGAGGAAGAUUAAAACACACACAUGCAUGCAUACAGAUGAGCACACACACACACAUCUUCGCACUGUGAGGUGAUCCGUCAACAGUGUGUGUAGGGAUGGGAUGAUGAAGGAGACGAUGCAUGUUUCUUUUCUUUUUUUAAAAAGACUUGGAUACUGUCUGACCCCUGAAGGAACCCUGAUGCCCACAUGAAGAGGAUUGUAUUCAGAUUGACAAAAAAAGUUUAUUUUGUGGAGGACCUAGCAUGUGAGUGUAGAUAACAUCGACAGACUCUUCUCUCCAGGACCCCUCAGUUAUUGAGAAAAUAUGAUAUACUGCAGAUGUUUUUGCUUACUUUGUUACUGAUAUCUCAGUGUUUAAGCUCUAGAAAACUCCAUCCACAUUUGGUUACUUGAUCUAGAUAGCUUUCUAUUGAAUUUACAAUUUACGUUGCUGUUUUUUUUCUUCAGCUCUGAUAGACUAGAAUCAAACCUUUAAAAAAAUACAUGGAUAAAUUCAAAUGAUUCUCGUUUUCUAUAAAGUGCUUGUACAUAUUUAUACAACAAGCAUCCUCUUUUCAGGUUCCUUUCUAUGACAAUUAUUUUACUAAGUAUGCCUGGUGCCACUCCUUCUUUCUACUCUGUAUGACUGUGCUAGCAAGUCAAAUGUGCUGUAAUGUGCUCUGCUGACCUCACUUCCUGUUUCUAUUAAAGGUGGAAACUGAUUGGAUGAGUGCAUCUGACUACCAGUCUUCUA